AUGCAAACCCUGGGUUUGCCAUUUUGGGCAUAUUCUGGAUUUGACAUGCUGCAUGAAAACUUCCAACCGCUGCCGUUUUUGUCAUCCCGGCACCGCUCCAAUCCCAAGCGGAUGAUGGAGGAAUGGCAUUGCCUCCGCCUCGUUUCACAUUUCUGCAGCCAGGAGGAUGCUUUGGAUCGGCUGGUGGCCUUCUCCACGGAUAGGGAUUGGCUGCCCAACAACAAGGUUGAGUUCCGGACUCCCUCACCAACUCUUUUGGCAAGGCUCUUCGCCCUGGUCAUCACCAUUGCCAUCAGGACGCGAUGCACCUGA